AUGGGCAUUCGUUUACCAUCCAUGAUUCACAAUGUCAAGCAUAUAAUCAAAGGCAAAUCUCUUCACUGUAGAAAUCAACCAGAUGUACCAAAAGGACAUGUAGCGAUAUAUGUUGGAGAAAUGCAAAGGAAGAGGUUUGUGGUGCCAAUAUCGUACUUGAGCCAUCCUUCAUUUCAAGACUUGCUUAAUCGAGCCGAGGAAGAGUUUGGCUUCAAUCCUCCAAUGGGUUGUCUUACAAUUCCUUGCAGAGAAGAAGCCUUCAUUAAUCUUGCCUCUACAUUGCAGGCCUCAUCAUGA